AUGUCACAAAUCGGACAGGCAUCACAGCAGGACGAAUUCUCUCUACCGAAUCAUAUUCAACGACUUUUCAUCGAUGUUGAAACUCAUCAGAUCCCUAACCUAGUCUCUGUCGAUAAAUCAAACUCACUCGACGAUGCCGAACGAGAAUUACACCAAACACUUCGAAGGAUAGAGAAUGAAUUGGGAAUGUGGGAAAUUGACGUUCGAGAUGCAGGUAGGAAUGCAUAUGAGCGUCAAUCAUGGCAAAGAGUGCUGCAAGAAGCGAAUGUAAGGUUAUCGAACGUACAACGACUGACAAAGAAGAGUCUCAUAGAGGCGAGAAAACAACAGCGAAGUGCUCAGCCAAUCAGUGCACAACAAGCUCGCAAUGCUUUAUUUGGGGACAUGGCUGGUAGUGAAGAGGAACGAAAGCGAAGAAGGGACGGAAGAAUACAGAACCAAACAGCAGACGAACAACUCAUGACUGCAUCAGGAGAUGUGACUGCAGCAUUGCAACGUGCGGUCAAGUCCAUGUCAACCGAACUGGAAAAGUCAUCCUAUUCUGCUCAAUUGCUGGAUGAAUCAACGAUCUCGAUUCAACAAGCAACGAUACAGUAUACCUCAUUCACCGAUCUAGUUGCCUCUUCGCAAAAGUUGAUCAGAAGUAUGGAACGUGCUGAUAUGGUGGACGCAGCAUUUCUAAUCUUUUCAUUUCUCUUCUUUAUCGGCUGCAUUAUCUACAUUCUCAAAGUACGAAUUUGGGAUCGUGGUGUUGGAUUGUUGUCUUUCAUGUUUAGGAUCUUCAGUUUGACAUCAAGUAGAUCACCUGCGGACGUACAAGAAAAGCUCAAGCUCGCCAAAGAAGCCGCUUCUGCCUCGAGUAAAUCCAUCGCAGCUCAAUUGACAGCGAGUGCGCUGAGUGCUUCCGCUGCUGCUUCUGCUGCGGCUAUUGCUGCAUCGCAAUCAGCGCAACAGGUGAAGCAGCAUACUGUCAUAUCAGCUCCUGACUCAACAGCUCCAGUCUCACUUGAGGACAGAGUGGGUAUUGAUGUAGAGCGAACCCAUGAUGAGCUUUAG